UAUGUCAGAAACUUUAUAAUAUUCUAGAACAUUGAUGAUUUUUUCAGAAUGUAUCAAGUACCAAAUUACACCGAGACUGUGUCAAUGAAGCUAUCAGAGGUUCUGGCUGAUAUAGGUGUUGAUGAGAGAAUAGUGAUGAAAAAAAGAAGAACAUGGCUUCUGGUGGAAUCAAUACACAAUCUUAAUUAUCAACUACUUGAUAAAAAACUCAAAGGAUACAUUUUUGGGAGCCAAUCAGAAUGUACAACUACAAUUGGAAUGAAAUCAGACAUAGAUCAUCUUAUUUGUUUAAAAAUAUUCCCUGCGAUACAAGACUGGAGUGACUGGAUACCUGGUGUACAUAAUCAUUUGAUGAUUCAAGAUAAUUCUAUAUCUCCUGGAUAUUGUUUACUUCAAGUGCUGAAACCUGAUGCUCCUCUUCCUGCUGAUGGUGAAUUUGACCAAGACUUAUUCAAAGAGAUAACAGGAAAAUUGUUUUUAAAGAAUUCUAUAAUAUCUAGUGUAAAUACAGAUGGAUUAGAAUUACAUGGACCAGCAUAUGCACAACAAGGACAACAAGGCUACAGUGAUAAGGAUAGUGUGUUGGCUCUACAUUGUACAACAUGGCCGCAACAAGCAAGGCAAUGGUUAGUUCAACAAGGGGCAGGUCAAUGGCCGUCUGCUGAAAUGAAACAAUAUUGCAGCAAAACUGGAUGCUUUGUUGUUCCUGUUGGAUGUAGUGGCAGUGGAUAUGAGCAACUUGAAUGGAGAAUAUCAACAUCUUUAACAGAAAGGUGUUUAAUGUUCAGCCUGAAUAUGACACAGAUUCGCUGUUAUGUCUUGAUGAAAAUUAUUUUAAAAACAUUUAUAAAUCCAUUGUUUAAUGACGUUAUCACAAGUUUUAUGUGUAAAACUGUACUCUUCCACUGUAUAUCCAAUACACAUUCUAACAUUUGGAGAGAAAAUAAUUUACUUUCUUGUCUAUCACUGUGUUUAUAUCUCCUGUACAACAAUAUCAUUAAUGAAAAUUGUCCACAUUUUAUCAUACCUGGGAACAAUUUAAUGAGGGGAAAUAUUUUACCUGCAGUUAAACCAUAUAUUCUGGAAAUGCUCAACAAUAUCAUCAACAGUGAAGGAGUGGCAAUACUUAGGAUUAAAUGUGAUGGUCUUGGUUCCAGGCUUCAUCUCAAGUUUUAUAACUUCUGUCCAAUCAAGACAAUUGACAGUAUUUCAGGAACUCUAUUAUGUAAUCUGGCUUAUAAAAUAUCUGAGACACUGACACAUACUUAUAAUCAUCUUAAGAACAGAAGUCCUAAUGAAGCUGUAAAAAUAUUAAAGAACACAAUACCAAAGUCAUUCAACUUUCAAUAUGAAGGAUUGUAUAAGACAGCCAGUCAUCUUCUGUUACCAUGGUAUUGUACAAUACUUGGAUCUGUCCUUGCUUCACUAAACAUCUAUCAUUACAACACUGUAUCAGCAGAUGCCCUCAAACUCAUCUCACUUGGUAUGAAUACAGAUGUUGCAUCAAGUAAACUGAAACUAGCUUCAAUUCUAUAUUGUGUACAAGAAAUACAAAAAGCUGACUCAGUACUCAGUGAGAUUGAAAGAAGAUAUGAUCUACAAAUUGUUGAGCCUGUCUGUAGUUGUUAUAUAUUUGAGAAGGAAACCAUUAAGACCAGGAUUCUUUGAAUUAUGUGACAAUCAUAAUGAAGAAGUCUUACAGUAUACAACAGCAUCAUGUGUUACAUUUCUGCCAUGUGAAAUUCACUGUGUACCAAAUGAACUCAGGUAUGAAAUGUUUAGAUCUACACAAGAGGACAGAAUGUUUCGUACAGAAGAAGACAACAAAUGGAUGGAUUGUGCUGUGGUGGAUUCCCUCCCUUACCUCUACUUUCUACAAUACAAAGUUUACAGCCAUCUUGGAAGACAUGACCAGAAACAAGCUGCUCUCUUCAAACUUAUCAGAACCAUAAAAGAGGAACCAAACCUUGGACAUCGGGAAACAGCUCUAAAUCUUCUCGGAAAAUGCAUGGAACAAGAAGGUAGAGCUGGAGACGCUUUACAGUGUUAUUUAAUGUCACUUAAUAUAAGGGGGAGAAACAAUGCUGCAAAGAUUCAUAUUUGUAUACUCCUAUCUGCACUGAUAAAUUCAAGGACAUAAAAGGUGACAAUAUGUUAAAAAGGAGGACAGUCAGAAAGAA